CUCCUGUGCCUGUGUAGCAAGACAAGACGGCAGUAUUCCCUUGAGGCUCAGUUGCUACAGGAAGCUCUUGCGAUAACCAGCCUUGGCGCCACCGCCUUUCUUCGUCACCAUAGCAUGGCAGAAGACCACCGAGGCAGGGGAUUACCGCAGCGCAACGAUCCAGCCGAGGCCGCACCCUAUCAAACCAGACCACCAAUGAGUUCCGGCGCGGUGACCCUGCCCUCCAUGCAAGACCCUCACGGUCUUGGCGGCAGCGCUGCAACGCGGCAUUGGGACUCGAGAUCGAGUGGCUACGGACCUUCGCCCAGCUCCGCCAACGGCUACCCGCCUCCGGGGACGCCGUUGCAACAACCGCCUAGCUACUCGCCGUCCAGCUCGACCGGUGCCUAUGCGCCCCCCGGGCCAGGUCCUCAGCAGUAUCUACCUCCUGUACAACCGCAUCCCCAAGAUGCCAGAGGCAGUUACCCGCCUCAGGAUCCUCGGAGCGCACCCUACUACGCUGCCCAACAACGACCGGGAAUGGGCCCAGGCCCGGGUCAAGGGCCGGGUCCUGGACCUAUGCCCGGUGCUCCUGGGCCAGGGCCUGCUCCCUACAGCGGUGGCUAUGACUAUGGCUAUCGUCCUGACCGCCAUCCAGGCUCCUACGGCGAUUAUGGGCGUGGGGGCCCUCAGAUGCUGCAGCAAUCAGCUCCACGCCAGAGAACGUCUAUCGCCUGUCGCUACUGCAGGCGCCGCAAAAUACGAUGCAGCGGCUACCAGAACUCCCCCGGCGGCAAAUGCACGAAUUGCAUCAAGAUGAACCAAGAGUGCAUCUUCCAGCCGGUGUCGUCGUCCUCGUCCACUGCCUUCGUCCCAGUGUCCGCUCUACAGAACGGUGUGAUUCCUCCAGGGACUCAACUCUUUGGUGCCUACGGACAGCCCAUUCCUGUCCCUGCGGGCGCACCGCCGCCUGGUUAUCCAGGGCCGAACCCACCCUACGAGCAGCCUCUUCCAUCCCCAACCGGCUCGUACGGUUCCUUUACAGAGGACAGGGGGGAUUCGAGCAGAAGACGGCCACGACCGCCCGACGAGGAUCAUGGCAUGCGACUACCGCCCCCAAACACGUUUCCUCCCGACGACAAUCGCCGACGGUCUCCCUCGAGUAGUAGCCCUGGCUAUCUUCAGCCAUAUCCUGGAGCACCUGCACAGCACGCACCGGCGUCGUUCGACAACCGUACACCGCCACCAAGGGGCAGUCCAUCUGGGACCCAGCCCGGUGGACAAGCACCAAAUUCGGUCAUGAGCCUGGGUAACAUCAUGGACUCGGCACCAGGACGGGAUAUUGACACGAACAUGCUUGGGCGGCUGAACCGGAGAAACUGAGGCUGCUUGACAGAAACAAGAUCACCAAAGGGGCGCAACACCACGUCACUGGUUUGACGGAAAAUCGGUUUCUGGCGCAACGAGUAUGACUGAACGAAAUAAUGCGCACGAGAAUGACGGGGGUGCUGGCGGUCAUCGCCUGCCCUGAAUAACGCGGUUGGCCGUCUAGCCGCUGG